GCCCUGGUGAUUGGGGGAGAUCACCCGUUACCAGGUAACUCCAGUGACAUCGCUCUAGUUACCUAGCAACCUUGCCCUCAUCACCCAACUGUUCCAUGGGGUAUUGGCUUCCCGUUGCCAUGGAGAAUUGGGGGUCAAUACAAAGAAUGUCUGGAGGGGCAAGUGAGCCCUCAGCCCUGGAACAGGAAACAAGUUGAGAGAAGAAAGGAGGUCUCCCCUUGGAUGAGCAAUGGCCCAAAUACUGGAUUUGGCCCUCUGUCCUCAAGAUGCUCCUCCUGUCUACGCCUCUCCGACGGUCCUCAUCCCGCUGGAGCCCAGAAAAGUCAUGCUGUCUGGAGUGAAGCAUCACAUCUAUCACCCCCGCUUGCCGACGCUAAGGCAGAUGGAUAUGGACACCGCGGCCUUCAAGCUCACAGACGAGCAUUGCAGGACAACCACCACUUGCUGCAAAGAUGAUUUUGAAAAUGCAACGUUCACCUUGGCUGGAGUGCCCAUCCAGCGCCUCCCAUCCCUGGGUAUGACAGAACUGGGCAAGUCAUUGACUGAAAAGUACCGAGCAGGGAAGAUGGCGCCUCUCUUGCCCAGCACCAACCAGGAGGAAUGGCCCAGCUACACCAGGGCUAUGGACGACUGGUCUCGCUUCGUCUCCAGCGCAGGAGAGUUCAAGGUGCCCAACUUUAGCAAAAAAGUUCUUGGGUUCAGCUGUUAUGCCGUGAGGUACUUAAAACCCGACGUCACGCAGACCUGGCGGUAUUGCCUCAACCAGAACCCAAGUUUGAGUAGAUAUGGACCAAAGCCCAUGCCUUACAACACUGUCAAUACCUACAGGAGCUUUGGAUCAGCACACAGCCGCUCUCACUAUCUCCAACCUUGGCGCUAGGAGACAGGCCACAGAAAAAGAAGCCACAUGAAUCUUCUUCAGCUUUUGAACAUCCACAAGGAAUAAAUGCUAUUGGUUCAACAAGGAA